CUUCACACCUCAACCGAAGACGAUUACUUUAGAUUACUUGCAGCAGCACACGAGAUGAUGCUGUCUCAGUCACACUCUUUAAAGUCCUACCACUUAAUAAACCUGAAAACAUCUUCCUUCUCGCUCACUCACUGGCCGGCCGGCAGGGGCGCGCGCGCGCCUUCGUCAUUACACGUUUUUGUGUUGUCGAAGUCACACGCGUUCGAUAUUUAAAAUAAUUUUUUGCCGGAUUUAAGGAAUUUACAGUAUUUAUUCGUUAAACAUGGGGAAAAAACGGAAAAGAUCAAGAUCGAGGGAUAGUAAACGUUUGCGCAAGGAAAAUAGGAGGUUAAAAUGCUAAAGCGUCGGCGGUUGAAUUCUUCGUCGUCGGAAGUGUCACAGGAUUCGCAUGACACGCUAAAUUCGCCCAUUGAAAGCGAAAGAGGAGCGGCGGACGGAAACACGAUUGUGCUUUCACCUAUGCAUGCAGAAGAAGUAGUAGACACUGAAAUAAUAAAUGAAAUGGAUGACAGGGAAACCGAAGCGGACCUAGAUCCAGAAAUACUUCAGAUUUUGGGUGAUGACCCAUCUAAUGAAAACAAAUUCGGCGAAGAUUUGCAUAAUCAGAUACUGCCUAGAUGGAAGCAUAUUUUGGCAAAGGGCCUUGACAAAGAAGUCAAGUCCGAACUUUGUAAACUAUACUUGCCCCCAGAAAACUGUGGGAGUCUAAGGGCGCCCAAGCUUAACCCUCAAGUCAGGCGUUUUUUAAGUGAGCCUAAUAAAAAGAAGGAAACUUUUAACGAGAGCAAACAAAAUCAACUAUCAAGUUGCCUUGCAGCCCUGGGAAAAUCACUGAAUAUAGCACUGUCAAAUAAAGGAAAUGCAGUUCCGCAAGACAUCAUAAAGCCUCUUAGUGACGCAGGGCGUCUCCUGUGCAAUUUUCACUAUAGAGAAUCUCAGUCGAGACGUUAUGCUAUCAUAAAUGUGAUUAACAAAGUCAUGCGUGAAACGCUGAAGAACACAAUGAUUGAUGAGUUUCUAUUUGGAGCAGAUCUGGCCAAACAGUUAAAACAAGACAAGGAGAUAACCCGAGUCGCCAUGGAUUUAAGAACUCCUCGGCCUUCAAGACUACCAGCAGCUGGACAGGUACAAAGAGGAACUUUAAACUACCGGGGGGCGCGGGGUCCGGCCUCGGCAGCGCGCCAGUACCCCUCGGAGCAGAAGCCGCCGGCGUCGUCAGGCGCGGGAGCAGCGACAUCUUCGAGAGGCCGGGAUCACCGCCGCUACGAGUCUUCGAGCUGGAGGAAGCCCAACGGACGCGGACGGACAACGAGGCGGUAG